GUAAAAGGGAAAGGAAGGAGAAGGUGUAGGGAGGAUUCAGAAGAAAGGAGUGAUAGAGAUGAGGAGGGAGAUGGCAGAAUUGGUCGAGACGGUCGAGGAAAGAAGCCAAGGAGAGAUGGCGAUAAAGAGAGGCAUGGAGGAGAAGCCCCGGUGAAGAGAGGGACGAUUUACAUGAUUUCUGGUGGGCCAACGGAUGGAGACUCGAAUAGGGCCAGGAAGGAGCAUGCUCGAGCUGUGAAGAGGAAGAGAGAGGAGGUAGGGAUUACGGCUCGCAUGCCGGUCAUAAGUUUUAAAGCAGAGGAUGCCGAGGGAGUGGUCCUACCGCACAAUGACGCUUUGGUGAUAACCGCGGAGAUUGCAGGCUUCGACGUGAAAAGGGUGUUUAUUGAUACUGGGAGCUCGGUAGAUGUUAUGUUCUAUGAUUGUUUUGUGCAAAUUAAUGAGGAGCUGAAUAUGGAGCUGAAACCGGUGACUACGGCACUUUACGGCUUUAACGGGGGAGAAGUUAUGCCGAUGGGAGAGGUCAGUUUGCCCGUGGCAUUGGGAUCGGGAGAGUUGAGGAAGGUGCGCAUGGUGAGAUUUAUG